AUGUCGCCAGAAACAACAAAAUCGCAAUUCCGAAAGCUUCAAAGCUUCAAGACGGACUAUGCUCCUUGUACUAUCACUCAAUAUGUCUCGGACCGCAGUGGUAUGCAGGUGAUCGUCGCUGACCGCAAGGGUCCCAAACUCAAUGGUUACUUCACCCUAGCCACUGAGAUCUUUGAUGACUCAGGUGCUCCCCAUACUCUUGAGCAUCUCAUCUUCAUGGGUUCCAAGAGCUACCAGUACAAGGGCCUCCUUGAUAAGCUCUCCUCGCGAGCUUACUCCCACACAAAUGCCUGGACCGCUACGGACCACACGGCUUAUACCCUUGAAACCGCUGGCUGGGAUGGUUUCGCUCAAAUUCUUCCUGUCUAUCUCGAGCAUGUUAUCUUGCCUACCAUUACAGAUGAAGGCAUUGUGACCGAAGUUUGGCAUAUCGAUGGGGAAGGCAACGAUGCUGGCGUUGUCUACUCUGAGAUGCAAGCCGUGCAAUUCCGCAGCUCUGAGAUUAUGGACCUAAAGGCCCGUCGUCUCCUCUAUCCUGAGAACGUGGGUUUCCGCUAUGAGACUGGCGGCAUGACCGAUGCCCUCCGAGUUCUUACCCCUGAGCGCAUCCGCCAGUUCCAUCGUGACAUGUACCAACCACGAAAUCUAUGCUUGGUUCUCGUUGGAGAGGUCAACCAGGAUGAGCUUCUCCAAAUCCUCGAAGAAUUUGAAGAAUCUAUCAAGGAUGACAUCCCUUCUCUUGAUACCCCAUUUAAGAGGCCUUGGAUUGACUCUGCUCAGCCCCCUAAGAUCAACGAGACAAAGAUCGUUACCGCUGAAUUUCCAGAGGAGGACGAGACAGUCGGCGAGAUUCUUGUUGGGUUCUUUGGCCCUAACUGCAACAAUCUGAUUGACUCAUCUGCACUCAACGUGCUCCUUACCUACCUUUGUGGUUCAUCCGUUUCGAUUUUGGAAAAUGUUAUUGUUGAAAAGGAGGAACUCGCCAGUUCUGUCUCUUACUGGAUGGACCCUCGACCUGAUUCGGUCAUCUGGUUGCAGCCAACAGGUGUUGCUACCGAGAAGCUCGAGUUUGUUGAGAAGCGUCUAUUUGAACUGCUCAAGGAGGUUGCCUCGAAGCCUAUGGAUAUGGACUACAUGAGAGAGUGUAUCCGCCGUGAAAAGCGCCAGGUCAAGUAUCAUGCCGAGACCUCCGAGUCGUUCUACGCCACCAACAUUAUCACUGACUACCUCUUCGGCAAGCGGGACGGUUCUACUCUCAGAGAACUGCAGAACUUGGACGAAUAUGAUGUUUUGGAAGAGUGGACAGAUAAGCAGUGGCGAGAUUUCCUUAGCAAAUGGAUGGCUGAUGCUCCUCACAUUUCUAUUCUCGGCAAGCCUUCCCAUGAGUUGGCCACCAGGAUGAAGAAGGAUGAAGAAGCCCGUAUUGCCAAGCGUAAGGAAGAUCUCGGUGCUGAGGGUCUCGAAAAGCUCGCCAAGCGUGUUGAAGAGGCUAAGAAGAAGAAUGACGAACCCAUCCCUGCCUCAGUUGUUGAUCGUUGGAGUGUUCCGGGUACCGAAUCCAUUCACUUCAUUGAGUCUGAUACUGCUCGUUCGGGACAUGCUCGUGCAGUUGGUUUGGGCCAUGGUUCUGCACAGAAGCUUAUCGACAACACAACUCAAGGCAAGCUUCCUCUGUUCAUCCAGUUCGAGGAUGUUCCCACCAACUUUGUUCACAUCACCAUCCACAUCGGCACUUCUCAAAUUCCUAACGAGCUCAAGCCCCUGAUGCCCACCUUCAGCGACAAUUUCUUCAACACACACAUCAUGCGAGACGGGAAGCAGGUCGGGUUUGAGCAGGUUGUUAUGGAGCUCGAGAGAGACACAAUCAGCUACUCCCUCAACUCCGCUCGCUACCUGAGUGACCCUGAUGGUAUCAUGAUUCAGUUCCAGGUUGAGCCUGAAAAAUACGCCGCGGCUGUCGAGUGGAUCCGUACCAUGAUGUUUGACUCCAUCUUCGAUCCUCAGCGUCUCAGAGCUAGUGUUACCAAGGCAUUGGCCGACAUACCCGAGUCUAAACGUGAUGGCAAGUCCAUGGCUAGUGAGGUUAAUGCUGCUAUCCACAUGGAAAAGUCUUCGCUGGCUGUUGCUAAGCGAGUGCUCGUUCGCGCCGUGUACUUGAAGAGACUCAAGAAGCUUCUUGAGAAGGAGCCCGAGAAGGUUGUCGGCUGGUUCAACACUGUCCGGGACUCGCUCUUUACCUUCCAAAACCUUCGUUUUCUAGUUACGGCUAACCUUGCUACACUUCCUGACCCCCUGACUACAUGGGACAAGCUUUCCCAGUCUCUGACCGUAGCCGAGAACAUGAUUGAUAUCCCUAAGCCCGUCAGCUUGCUUAACGACGAAGGUCGCAACCCUGGAUCAGUCGGUGCUGUCAUUGUCCCGAUGACUACUCUCGAAAGCUCCUACUCAGUCUCAACUGCUCAAGGUUUGGCUUCCUUUACCGACCCUCGCCUUGCCUCCAUCAUGGUUGCUAUUGGCUACCUUGAAGCCGCCGAGGGUCCUCUCUGGAAUGCUGUCCGAGGUGCUGGAUACGCUUACGGCGUCUACUUUUCUCGUGAUAUUAACUCAGGAAUUAUCUCGUACCACGUAUACCGGUCGCCCGAUGCCUAUAAGGCCGUCAAGGCCUCCAAGGAGGCUAUCAGCAAGAUCGCCAAUGGCGAGGUUGAGAUCGAUCACCAUCUGCUCGAGGGCACCAUCAGCCAGAUUGUCGUCAUGUUCGCAGAUGAACAAUCUACAAUGCCUAGCGCUGCCCAGCAGAACUUUGUUCAAGGUGUUGUGCGCGGCCUGCCCAAAGACUGGGACAAGGAGGUGCUCCGACGUGUGCGCGCUGUCACCAUUGACGAGAUCAAGACUGCUCUUCGCGAGACUAUCUUGCCAUGCUUCGAACCAGGCAAGAGCAAUAUUGUCAUCACUGCUGCCAAGAUCAUGCAAGAGGGCAUGGAGACGGCAUUCAAGGGUAUGGGCUACAAGGUACAAACACACGAGCUCAGCUACUUCCACGACGACUACGGCCUGAAGCCCGAGGAGGGUAAGGAGGAAGAAUCGUCCGAGGAGGACGAGGAGGUCGAAGGUUCGGAGGGCUCCUACGACUCUGACGAAUCUGAUGACUAG